AACACUCAAGAUGGCCCGUCAACGUCGUUCUGCUGCCCCUGCACGCAGCGCUCCCACCCGACCCACCGCUGCUCCCGCCAGACCAGCUGCUCCCCAGAUGCAGCAGCAGCAGAGACCCUCCUCCACCGCUGCCGCUGCUCAUCCACAGACUCAGCAGGCUCCCGUUGCCCAGUCGAGCGGCGGAUCCAGCUUGUUCGGCCAGAUGGCUGCCACCGCCGGUGGUGUUGCUAUCGGUUCCUCCAUCGGCCAUGCCGUCGGUAGCUUCUUCACCGGUGGCUCCUCCAGCGCUGCUCCAGCAGAAACCCAACAGGCUGCUGCUCAACCCAUGGACAGCUCCAUGUACCAGAGCAACUCGACCAGCGGAUGGGCCGAGGACGCUCCCUGUGCCGCCGAUGCUCGAUCUUUCAGGAAGUGCAUGGAUGACAACCGGGGUGACCUCUCUAUCUGUGGAUGGUACAUGGACCAGCUGAAAGCAUGCCAGCAGGCCGCUAAGCCUUACUAGGUUGAUGCGAGGAUUAAUCCUCUGCACUUCCGUUCAAUCUUUAUGGCCCAGCGUUCAUACCUUGUCUUCUCAGCUCUAGACCAGAACGAUCUCAUGUCUUUUGUAAUACUAUAGAAUCAAAUCCAAUUCCCGCACAGCGUGGGCCA